AUGGGCCUUGAGGGUGGUGCUUCUAGAUUGGUUGAGGAAUUGUUAAAUAGGGCAAAUGUUUCACUCAUUGGUUGGGGCCGCCCGUACCCUGCCACAAAUGAGCUUUUGGCAGCUUUUCUUGCUUGGUUGAACUUAUCAAAAAGGGUUUCAGAGAUACCAACCUGUUUGGCGGCAAUAGCUAGGGAACACAAGGUUAGAGGCUUGGUAGACCCAACAAAGAACAGUCAGAUCUGA